UGUAAAGCACACUUGUUCAUUCUCAAGACCUUAAAAGUUAAAACCACCUGGGUCAGAAGGAGAUUCUUAAGAAGGGAGAAGAAGAAGAUGGUGAACUAUGUGCUUAAGAUAACAGCUGAUCUCGAGAAUCUCACUAAUCUCCAACCCUCCGGUGGAUGCGACGAUCCCAACUUCCCUUACCUCUUCAAGUUGAAAUGCGAACAAUGUGGAGAGGUGACUCAGAAAGAAACAUGUGUGACUUUGAACGAGACUUUUACUCCACCUGGAGGUAGGGGUACUUGUCAUCUUGUUCAGAAGUGCAAGUUCUGUGGAAGGGAAGGGAAUGUGACAAUGAUUCCUGGAAAAGGUCGUCCUUUAACUCUUGAAGAUUCUGAGGCUGGAGAGCAUGCCCCUCUUAUGGUGUUUGACUGUCGAGGCUAUGAACCCAUCGAUUUUGGAUUUGGUGGAUUUUGGAAAGCUGAAGCUGAAUCUGGAACCAAGUUUGAUGAGAUUGAUUUGUCGAGCGGAGAGGAGUUCACAGAGUACGAUGAGAAGGGCGAGUGCCCUGUUAUGAUAUCAAACUUCCGUGCAAGCUUCACCGUCACCAAGUAAAAGACUUCAGGGGUCCAUUGUUCUGUUUUCUGAUUCUCUACAAACUUUGUGUAUGUAAAAACUCAUUUACUCAGUUCUAAUAAAAGUUACCAUAUUCUGGAACUCAA